GCAACGUAAUUAGGCUGAUGCACAGCCCAUACAGAAGCUGGCGGCAUGCACCCAUAACAUUUGUUUGCAGACCGCAGUAAUAUCGAAUAAAACGAUUAGGCACUGACGGCAAGCAGUUGUAUUGAAACGGUCGCAUGUUGAGCUCAGAAAGGCACGCCAACUUCACUGAAAAGGGUAGCCAAUCACCAUACUUCUGAAAUGCCGAAUGGUAAAGCGAAGGAUCGUUUUCUGAAGCCACUUGUAGCAGACUACGAGGAACUGCUGGGUCGUUUCCAACAGACGGAAUCUGUGCGGUUUGAGGAAUUUACUGCUGUUUGGAGAAACAUGGGCUUCUCAAGUGUAUUUUACGGUUCACUUGCUGGUAAUGAGAUGAGGGAAUUCUGCCACCUAACCCUGACCAUGGCCUUCAACUACUUCUUGCCCCCAUAUAGCUUCCAGAUCAGAGUGGGGGGUCUGUACCUUCUCUAUGGCCUAUACCACACACAGCUCGCUUCACCUAAAGAGAAGAUCAGGAUUGCCCUGAAGGACUGGGAGCAGAUUCAGAAGUUUUACCAGGAUUCGGUGAAUUCGCAGCACUAUGAUGCAGUUUACAUUAUCAGGAAGCUAAUAGCUGAGAAUGCUGUCCUUUACACUGCCAUGCCUCAAAUGUUGACCUUCCGUGUGAAGAAGAAGUCCCAGCAUCACAAGGUGUGCGAGGAGUUCCGUGACCGACCGGAAAGGGUCAAAGACCUCAUCUCUACAGAUAUGCUACUAGAGGUGGCUAACAUUCAGGGUCACUAUGAGCGGCUGAAGGCAUCCGUCUUAGAGAGGUCAUCCAUUGCGGUGACCAAACAGGACCUGCCGGCCCGCUUGCACAGCUGUGUGCUUGAGUUCCUCCACUGGCAGGACAGGCAUGAGAACCGUGGAGAUGCAGACCACUUGGUUUAUGCUGAGGAAAAAGCCCAGCAGGUCGAGUCUUCCAAUAGGGCACAGCUUCUGGCAUCCAUCAAGACAAAAUCAUACGGGUGUCUUGCAGAGGCCUCGAAGUCACGGCGGCAUCGCCAGGUGCAGAUGGACACAUCCAUUUCUGGAACAGGCUACAUUAAAGAGGCCCCCAAAUAUCACAAAAGUAGGGCUCCAUCACUCAGGGCCCGAACCUACAAGAAACUCUGUGGGGAAGGGGAUGAACAGAAGAUCCAAUAUUGGCUCCUUAGUGCUGCAGAGGAGGACAAGACUGCAUUGAAAAGACAGAAGCGAAAACACAGUUUCCGGUGGUGAAGAGAAUGCGGAGGAUUUGGGCUAUAACUGCUGCACUUUUGGAGAGGCUGGUUUCAGACAAAUGUAAUACAUUAGGAGAACACUAAAUCUCCACAUAAUGAAUAUAUUCAUCAAGUUGUCUGAGUGCUUGAGCCAGUUAAUUACUGUGCAUAUAACAGGAAAUGUAAUUAAUAGCGCACACUUGUUUUUUGUUUUUGUGUACAAAUAAAUGUGACACCAAAUUUGCAUCAUUCUAUGAAUUUCCAA